AUGUCGAACAACAACGCUCCUAGCUUGCCGACGUUCAUUGGUAAUCUCCAUGUCGGCCCAGGAAGUCAAAUCGAUCGACUAGCGAAUAACCCAGUCUUACCUGUUUUCUCAUAUUGUGCUGCGAGUAUCCUCAUGACCGUGAUCAACAAGUUUGUAGUUUCUGGUCGCCAUUUCUCGAUGAACUUCCUACUUUUGACGAUUCAGUCGGUAGUCUGCGUUGGCUGCGUGGCCAUAUCUAAAUCGAUGAGGCUGAUCAAAUAUCGUGAUCUUGACAAAAAUGAUGCGAAGAGAUGGUUCCCGAUCUCAUUUCUAUUGGUCGUCGUGAUUUACACAGGCUCGAAAGCAUUGCAAUUUCUGACCAUCCCAGUUUAUACGAUAUUCAAAAACCUUACCAUUAUUCUGAUCGCUUAUGGUGAAGUGAUUUGGUUCAAUGGAUCGGUGUCGAGUUUGACCUUGGUAUCAUUUGGCCUCAUGGUCCUCUCCUCACUUAUUGCCGCCUGGUCCGACAUCUCGCCUUUUCUCUCGGCCGGUUCAGCCAAAGAAGAUGCAUUUCAAGAGCCUCUUAUCUAUGGAGAAAUCGUGAAGAAGAACAUGGGCUACUUUUGGAUGCUGAUCAAUUGUUUUGCCAGCGCAGCUUAUGUAUUGGCGAUGAGGAAAAAGAUCAAACUCACCAACUUCAAAGAUUGGGAUACAAUGUUCUACAACAAUUUACUAUCUAUCCCAAUCUUGAUUGUAUUUUCCAUGGCAUUUGAGGAUUGGUCGCAAAGCUCAUUGAGUCUUAACUUUCCAUAUGAAGGGCGAACUUUCCUCUUAGCGGCGAUGUGUUUCUCUGGAGCGGCAGCGGUGUUCAUCUCCUACACCACAGCCUGGUGUGUGAGGACGACCUCUUCGACGACCUACUCGAUGGUGGGUGCUUUGAACAAGUUGCCAGUGGCUGCAAGCGGGAUGAUCUUCUUUGGGGAUCCAGUGACCUUUGGAAAUGUGACUGCCGUCUCGACCGGCUUCGUCGCCGGUGUCGUCUACGCUAUCGCGAAAACAAAUCAGCAAAAGAAUAAUAAUAACGGGACGGGAAACGGAUCCGGUAAUCCCGGUAGUCCUUCUCAGCCGCUCUUAUUUCAAAAGGACAUUAAAGCUUGA